ACAACAAAACAGUUGUUGGAUUUGAAGUGUGUGUGCGUGCGUGCGUGCGUGCGUGUGUGUGGGGUCGUGUUUUCUGUGUGUUUGCCUGCGCCGACCUCCAUUUGUGCCAUCAUACGGACGCAGAAUCGCGCUAUUAACACCUUCAACCCUCGGCACUUUGUUGUGGAGGCUUUGGAUGCCCCGGCUCGCCCGUUUGGCCGCUCGCCGCGCCAGCAGCUCGUCAUGACGGCCGAUUUUCCUCAGCCGACCCGAGGACUGCGAAGCGCCGCUCUUCGAUGACACAGAGUCACAUUUCCACCACCUCCGCUUCGACACAUCCGCACCGAGUCGGCUGGAAACACUUUGCAGCACCGUCGGUGUCAGUUUGGCGCGUUUGGUCUAAAAUACUUCGCUUGUUUUGCACUUUUCACGCAAAUGAAACGGUCUUGGCGCAAGCUAGUCAGUGCUGUAGCCGCCGCUGCUAACAGUCAGCUAACGUGAAGGUAAUGGAAGCGCCGUGAGAGACCUUUCCCCCCUUUUCUCCAUCAUUAAUGUGCUGUAUUUCUUCUUUUUUUGACAAUAUUUUAUUCGAUCUAGAUACUUAUUUUUCCUUUACACGUCUGUGUUGACACGAAGGAAAAGUCAGGUCUAGCUACGUCCGCGUUUCUCCCUGUUGAAACUGUAGAAACUAGUUAGUGUUUUUAUUGAAUCCAGUUGAACAGGAUCUUGACAGAAAACUACUAUGUGGGGUUUGGACGUAAUACUGCCAAGGUGAUUUGGAAACGUGGGAAGGUAGUGCUUUCAGUGACAUCUCUAUAAUUAAUAUAUUCACAGUAGGUGCUUCUUUGGAAAAGUGAAGGAGUCUCGAGUACAUUUAUAGCAGCGCUUUAAGAACCAGGCAGGUUUUUCUGUUUUGGUGCUACGAGUACUUCAUGCAGCCUCGGAGUCACAAGACUGAAUAAUCAGCCUUUUUUUUUGCAAACGCGUUUGUUAUAUUUGUGGACAUACAUGUAUAUAUUAGAAGUAAGUGGUGUUAUUUAAAAUGUUGAAAAAAGUUAUCUGAAAGGCGCUGAACUGUGUUUUUCUGUUCUGAGAGAAAGUAUUAUAGUAAUUAUUAGACUUUACAGACGUACUCGGACUACAUAGACUAUACAAGCUACUCAAGAGUCCUGUUUCUCAAGGGGGCAGUCAGUGGUGUGCUGCAGCUCUACUGAAAUGAGAAGAUGAAUAGUGAGGAUCAGGCUCUAGAUUUAUGCAAUGCAAACACAAAAACCGGCAUAGACGCUUCAGCACACGUCUCGGAGGAAAUCAUUCCACGUAACAGCCUUCAUUUAAUGGACCGGGAUGCAGGGAAGCAAGCAGGUGAUGCAGAGACUCUCACCGAUGGUGCUCUGGCAAGAGUGAUGGACUGUCAUGUAAGGGACGAGGACGACAAUGGCGAGAUAGGCAAAGAAGAACUAUUUCCACAGAACAACAAUGGGCUCGCUGUUGACUGCAGGCCGAAUGGCAGCGAACAGGAUAGUAGCAGAGAGAAGUUGCAGUUUUCUGUGGCCGACGAUGGCGACAUGGACAUCGGUGUGGAUUUAAGUCUGGAUGAAAGUGGAGUUUUGGAGUCCGAACCAGCGACGGCUUGUGGGACCGCUUUAAGCGAGGAAAGUGCUUCUGGAUGUACUGGUGCCAAGCCCUUACAGUUGGACACCGACGCAAACAAGGAUGUGCAGAAACCUUCAGAAGGGGGUGAUGGGAUGCCUCCUGGUUUAAUGAGUGUGGAGGUUCUUACCCCGUCUCCAGCCCAGGAAGAGGGUGUAGGACAUAAACAUGGAGCCAAGAGGGUAACAUUUCCUUCCGAUGAGGAGAUCGUCUCCGGAUCGGUUGAGCCAAAGGACCCAUGGCGACAUGCCCAGAAUGUGACAGUGGAGGAGAUCCUGAAUGCCUACAGACAAGCCUGCCAGAAGCUCAACUGCAAACCCAUCCCCAAAGUGCUCAAACAGAUCCAGGACUUGACAGAACUGACUCAGCGAAAUGAGUGCUUGGAUCUUAAAGGUGAGAAGUUGGACUAUAAAGCAUGUGAGUCCCUGGAGGAGAUCUUUAAGAGAGUGCAGUUUAAAGUAGUGGACCUGGAACAGACCAACCUGGAUGAGGAUGGAGCCUCAGCACUGUUUGAUAUGAUUGAGUACUAUGAAUCUGCCACUCACCUCAACAUCUCCUUCAACAAGCACAUUGGCACCCGUGGCUGGCAGGCUGCCGCCCACAUGAUGAGGAAGACGAGUUCCCUGCAGUACUUGGACGCGCGGAACACCCCUCUGCUGGACCAUUCGGCUCCCUUUGUGGCCAGAGCUUUGCGCAUCAGCGGCAGUCUGGCAGUGCUGCACCUGGAGAACGCCGGCCUCUCAGGACGCCCACUGAUGCUGCUGGCCACAGCUCUGAAGAUGAAUAUGAACCUGCGUGAGCUGUACCUGGCUGAUAAUAAGCUGAACGGCCUGCAGGACUCAGCUCAGCUGGGCAACCUUCUCAAAUUCAACUACAACAUCCAGAUCCUCGACCUGAGGAACAACCACAUACUGGACUCAGGGUUGGCGUACGUGUGUGAGGGUCUGAAAGAGCAGAGGAAAGGCCUGGUGACCCUGGUGCUCUGGAACAACCAGCUCACGCACAACGGCAUGGGUUACCUCGCUGCUGCACUGCCGUGCACACAGAGUCUGGAGACUCUGAACCUUGGCCAUAAUGCAAUCAGCAAUGAGGGAGUGCACAAACUGAAGGACGGACUGAUAGCCAACCGCUCCGUCCUCCGGCUGGGCCUGGCCUCCACCAAGCUGUCCUGUGAAGGGGCCGUAGCUGUGGCCGAAUUUAUUGCUGAGAGUCCACGGCUAUUGCGGCUGGACCUGCGGGAGAACGAGAUCAAGACUGGCGGGCUUAUGGCCCUGUCUCUCGCCCUGAAGGUCAACACUUCACUGCUCCGUCUUGACCUGGACCGGGAGCCCAAGAAAGAGACGGUGAAAAGCUUUAUUGAGACACAGCGGGCCCUGCUGGCAGAGAUCCAGAAUGGCUGCAAGCGGAACUUCAUUCUGGCUAAAGAGAAGGAGGAGUCGCAGCAGCUGAUGAGGCAGUCAGCCUCUAUGGCUGAAAUUGCCACUGAAGAGCCACCUCCAGAGGAAGAGGAGGAAGACCCCACUGCGUCCGGAGACCAAGGAGAGAGAGAAAAGACUGUGCCUGAGGGAGACGAGGAUGAGGAUGAUGGUGAGAAGUCAUCCAAAAGCCAAGAGGAUGAAGCUCACCCAGCAGCCACACAGGAUGAUUCAGAUUCAGAUACUGAUGAUGACGAAGAAGAAGUUGAUGCCGAAGUUGUGAAAGCCACGGUGCAGACAUCCCCCCUAAAACAAACCCCACCCCCAGUCUUAGCAGUAACCACGGCCCUCUGUGCCUCUCAGACCAGCUCAGUUUCGAGACCCGCCCCCUGCCCCACCCCUACUGCCUCUGAGAGCCCAACUGUGGUUUCAAGCAUCACAGUAACGGAGGCGAGCGUGCCUGCAGGCGCCCCACCCUCCCCUGGCCGCUGCAUCUCUGUGUCCAGCCCUGGGAGGGGUCACAAGAUCUUUAUGGUAACUCGUGUGGAGAGUCCACCAGAACAGCAGCAGUCACUACUUGCACUGGCCAAGAGCCUCCAGGAGAGGACGCAAGAGACCAAAACUGCAGCACCCAAGCUUCCAGAGCUACCCAGUCCUAAAGCACCUUCUGAACCAUCUGCACCACAGUUUGAGGAGAAGCAUUCAAGUGCAGAGAAAGCUGCUUCAACUCAGCAGACCAAUGAGAAAACUUCACAAAGCCCUUCAGAGCCAUCCCAGCCUCGGGAGACACCGCCAGCAGAGCCUGUACCUCAGCCACAACUGCAAGAGGCACAGGUAUUAUUACAGACCACGACAGAGCAGCAAUCUUCUACGGUCAGCAAUAUGGAGCUGGCCAACACCCAGCUGGAACAACACCAGAGGGUGGCAGCUAGUGAGGACGCAGCAGAGACACUGACAGAGAAUGAUACUCAGAGCCAGCAGACUUCAAUACAAGGAGCCACACAGGAACUUCUCAGUGAGGGGCUUCUGGAGAACAACGUCUCUCCCUCUCUGGUAGAGCCAGUAACAAACAAUGAACUCCCAAAUGAGCUCACUGAGCCAGUGAUGUCCCAGAAAGAGAAACAGAUCCUAAAGCCAGCAGCUGAAAGUGAUUUGCACGAUGAAAAUAUUAAAAAACACGCACAAAUGGGUCAGCUAGUUGAUUUUGAGAUGGACACGGUGGUUUCACUGGAACAGGCCAUAUCCAGAGCGCAGCCACAGACUGCUACAGCAAACAGUGUUUCAUGUACUCCCUCGCAGACUGUCGCAGAGGGACUGGCACUUGAGCACCCCCCAGUGGAUCAGGACUGUAUCACCUCCGCAGGGACAGAGGAUUUGGCUGAUUCUCCAGAUGAAAGCUUCAUAGAGGAGGCGGAGUGCAUUAGUGCAGAGACGGCCACCCUGCCCAAUGGCCUCAAGCCUGAGUUUGCCUUCCACCUGCUGGAGCCAGAGACGCCCAAAGCUGCCUGCUGCGUCAUGGAGCACAUGAGCGUGACGGCGGAGUUGAGCUGUGGACAGGAUCUGGAAGAGCUCCUCUUAGAGGCCAGUCUGGAUACAAGCAGAGACACACCUUAGUGCUGUAGCUACGGGUCCACCCAUGUAGGGAGACUGUGUGCAACCCCUGGGCUUUGGAGUCUCCUGCUCCCAUCUUUCUUCUGCUACACCACACAGCUCCUUCCCUCCAACACAGACGCUUAGAGAGGACUCAAACACAAAGAUCAAGGAAAAACAAAACAACAGCAUCAUGAAUCAGAUGCUCCUGAGACAUUCACUACAGUCUAAAACACUAUGAAACACAAAUAUUUGACUCCUUUUUUUAAACGACUCAGAUGAGAGGAUUACGAUCGUUUCAUGUUGUCCUGUCAUCCGUCACUACAUUCCCCUCGACAGUGGGAUUCAAUAGACGGGACAGAAACCAAAGACAGACACACAUGCACAGAAAAAACAACACACUCGCACUCUCUCUUCGCUCCUCUUCCACCGAUGCCGAGCAGUGGACUAUGGCACACCGCUCUCCGGCGCCCCCCCCAGCAUGUACUCCAGAAGUUACUGUAGCAGGAAGAAGGACCAGUCCUUUUUCUGGGGAAUAAAAAAGGUCUUGGAGAACUGACAAGAUCCGAUUGUGCGGGACACUGAAUGAGUUUUGCUCUUUGGCUCUCAGGACUGAUUUGGGGGUCCAGGAUCGGGGACCGGGGGUGGAAUAAAUGCUGUUUGCUUUGUAAGUGUGUGCAGGUGUGUUUGUGUGUGUGUGUGUCACGUAUUGUUCUGUCUCCAGAAGAUAAAAGAAAAAGACCAAAAAAAAAAAAAAACACCACCCCGCCAAAG